CGGCAAGAACAGGGAUGAGAUCGAUCCCUUUACAACAUGGACAAUGUGGAAACCUCCGGCAGAUAAUAGUGACCUUUUGAAUUGGGGCAGCUUUCGACGGUUUGUCGCGUCAAAGCUGACGGAAAGGAUCAGCGAGCGGGCGAGUGCGUUUGGUUGCCAUAAUUGUGCGGGA